UCCAGCACCAAAACAAAACUAGCACCUUAAGUGAAAAUGGUUUCAACCACUAUUUUUGGACGAAAAACCAGUUAUGCAAGAUGUGUGAUAGUAUUUCUUUACUUGUUUCUACUUCCACACAAAACUUAUUCACAACCUUGUUCUUCUUCCUGUGGAAAAAUUUCCAACAUAAAUCAUCCAUUCCGACUAAAACACGACCCAGACCACUGUGGCAACAAUUUGUACGAGUUGAAUUGCGUAAACAACGUUACAGUAUUGAAGCUGUUUGAUGCUGAAUAUUUUGUGCAAUCAAUCAAUUACAACAAUUACACAAUACGAGUUGUUGACCCUAAUAUUCAACCCAACAAUUGCUCCUCUCUCCCUCGCUUCUUCUUAUACCGCACCAAUUUCACUUAUUAUACUAAUUCAUACGAAUACAGCUUACUUCGAUCAAGUUCUUACGAUGGAAUUGAUUUAUCUUCCACCUCUUAUGUUUUCGAUGGAAUUGAUUUAUCUAGGCCUGUAAUUUACAUGAACUGUACAAGUCCACCUAGUAACAAUGUGAAUAUGUAUUAUACGGAUACAUCUUCUUGCAUGGGUCAACACAACAUAUAUGCUAUUGUUGGGGACCCACAACUUGGAAUAUUGGAGCCUCAAUGUCGUGUUAAGCUUGUUACUCUCACAUCCUUCUGGGUUCCACCACCUGUAUUUAGUAUCAACAACAUUAUAGGCAAUGUGUCAUACAUCGAUAUUCAUAAGGCACUAGGCUAUGGAUUUGAAAUUUCCUGGAUACUAGCCUUUUGUCCUUGUGAUCAUUGCUACCUCAAGGACCCUGCCGGCGACAUUCUGUGUUACGACCCCAAACCCAACUGUACCAAUUGCUCACGUUGGUGGAUGCAUCUGGCCUUCAUUCUAUAUGAUUUUGUCUCAGGCAUUUAUCAAGGACUUUGUGAGCUAGCAAGCAUCAAAUUUGAUUGGGAAUAUAAUUAUAAUUAUGCAAACAAAGUUGGAAUAGUCACAGGAAAGUAUGUUUUGCCAUACAUUGCAGUUAGAAUUAUGUUGGGCAUCAUACUUUUCUCUGCGUUAUUGAUCUAUACAUAUCGAAGAAGACAUGCAUCAAUAUAUGAAAAUAUCGAAGAUUUUCUGCAAAGUAAUACACUCAUGCCAAUAAGGUAUUCAUACAAAGAGAUAAAGCAGAUGACAAAAGGACUCAAGGUAAAAUUGGGUGAAGGAGGUUAUGGAGAUGUGUAUAGAGGAAAUCUAAUAAGUGGGCCCUUUGUAGCCAUAAAGAUGUUGAAAAUUAAAUCAAAAACUAAUGGCCAAGAUUUCAUAAGUGAAGUUGCAACCAUAGGGAGAAUAUACCAUUCAAAUGUGGUAAGACUCGUUGGGUUUUGUGUCGAAGGAUCAAAACGCGCUCUUGUUUACGAGUACAUGCCCAAUGGCUCACUUGAUAAAUAUAUUUUCAACAAAGAGGGAGUUAUAUCUCUAUCUAACGACCAAAUAUAUGAGAUAUCUCUUGGAGUGGCUCGCGGAAUUUCAUAUCUUCAUCAGGGUUGUGAUAUGCAAAUUUUGCAUUUUGAUAUUAAGCCUCACAACAUCCUUCUGGACGAAAAUUUCAUCCCUAAAGUUUCGGACUUUGGUCUUGCAAAGCUUUAUCCUAUUGACAAAAGCAUUGCCACUUUGACGGCAGCAAGAGGAACAAUUGGUUACAUGGCUCCUGAAUUGUUCUACCAAAAUAUUGGGAGAAUAUCACACAAGGCCGAUGUGUAUAGUUUUGGAAUGCUUUUGAUUGAAAUCGCAAGUAGAAGAAGAAAUUUGAAUUCACAUGCUGAGCAUUCAAGUCAACUUUAUUUCCCCUUUUGGAUUUAUGAUCAAUUGGUUAAAAGUACAGUGAGAGAAAUGGAAGAUGUGAUUAUGGAGGAAAUUAAUGAUGUUUUGAAGAAAAUAUUCAUAGUUGCACUUUGGUGUAUACAGUUGAAACCCGUUGAUCGUCCUUCAAUGAACAAAGUAGUAGAGAUGCUUGAAGGAGAUAUUGAAAAUAUUGAAAUGCCUCCAAAGCCUUUGCUAUAUCCACACGAAACCAAUCAAGAUAAUCUUGAUAGCAACUCAAAUGAAACUGAAUCAGAUUGGUCAACCAGUUAUGUGGAGGAAAUUGUAACUAAUCCUUUACUGAAGUAAUUAUGUAUGUUUGGCAUUUUGAUUGUUUUGUUGUCUGAUGAAUUAUGGCCUAAUGUUACUGUCUAGUGUUUGCUUUAUUUGUAAAAAAUAAAACAUGAAUUUGUUACUUUAUUACCUAAAUGUAAUAUCUGCAUGCGCAAUAUGUAAAA